GAGUCAAACCGAGCAACUCAGUCUCCGGCCAUUUUCCGCUAAUCUUUAGCCAGGAACACGAAUCUUGUAAGUCUCGCAGCUCGCGAUUAUCGCAUAGCUCUUACUCGCCUGCCAGCCUGAUUCGAUCCGACCGCUACUACCAUUCACCUCGUACAGCUCGGUCGACGGCGUUGCUGCUGACUUGGCAAUGUCCUGGAGCCCAAGAGCAGUAGCAUUUCCGCGUUUAGUACUGAUCAAACCGAUUCUCAAUUACCUCCUGAUUCUGCUCUUGAUAGGUGCUUCAGCUGCACUCGCUGAAGAAUCUUCGUUCAUCGACGAUGUCUUAACGUUUAGACACCCACUGCUUCGCCCCUCCAGGGAAGCAAACGCCCUGGAUACUGGACUACCUGUACAGCCUGUAGGCAAGCAAACGCCUGAGGCCAUUCCACAUGGACCAGAUUUCAGGUCACCUGGACGUAAUAGUAUAACGCGCUAUCCCGCCACAGGAGAUGAUUCUGUGGGUGUUUCUAAUGCGUCACAUUCCGCGUAUUCAGCAUCGGCGGGCAUUAACAGGCCGCCAGCGCCGACGCUCGAGCCGGCGUGGGAGCGGUUCGGAGUGUGCUCGAGUGGUAGUAAGGGGCGGUUCCGAGUGACGAUCACUCCAAGACGAAUCGGAACCACGUGGAAGGGAUGGGGCACCUCGCUCGCAUGGCUGGGCAACUACAUAGGCGGGUUCCCCAAGGCGGCGAUGGACCCUCUGCUGGACCUCAUGUUCCUCCCCUCGGGGCUCGGCCUCAAUAUAGUGCGCUUCAAUAUAGGUGCCGGCUCCCUCCCGCAGUACAGCCCUCAGCUACACACAGACGCCCUGCUUAGAUGGCGAGGCAUGCCAGGGUACUGGCCUUCACACACUGGGCAAUUCAAUUGGACGGCAGACUCAAGGCAGCAGGCAGUGCUGCUGGGAGCCAAGGCCCGAGGGGCGAAUGUGUUCGAGGCGUUUUCUAACAGCCCCCCCUGGUGGAUGACCGUUAGCAAAGACGUUGCGGGAGGGUCGGAGAAGUUUCAGACUAAUUUGAAGAGUGGCUAUGAGGGGAGGUUUGCGUGGUAUUUGGUGAAAGUGGUGGAGAGGUUUAAAACGGAUCCGGCGUUGGGGAAUAUCGAGUUUGAUACACUGGAGCUGUUCAACGAGGCGUUGGAGGGUAACUGGCUGAAGGGGCAGGGGCAGGAGGGAUGUAAUUUCAACGUGACCGAGAUGACCCGGAUCAUUCUCAAAGCCCAGCGGAUUCUGCUUAAAAGAAAGCUCAAGACGAAGCUGGUGGGUGUAGACAGUUUCGCUGGUUUCACAGCUCUCUGGUUACCACUACUUCUUGGGAAAGACUACCUUCACCGGAUAAACGUCCACGGUUACACAUUGCCACUAGAAAUGCCCAGGAAUAGGAGUGCUUCUGCAGCUGAGAAAAUCUACGCCGCUCGUUACACCAGGAUGAAGGUUCUUGCGAAGGCGCUCGGGAAGAGCAUUUGGGUGUCCGAAUCUGGACCGUUGAACAAACUUGGGAGCAGCUACGAUCUCUCGCUCUACAUGAUGCGGAACGUGAUUGAAUCGGUGAAUAUUCUGGAGGCGUCGGCAUACGUCUACUGGCAAGUCUUCGACCCGAAUGAAGCAUGGUCGAUGUUUGGGCUUAAUUGGUCUUAUCCGCCAGGGUACACAGGUCCAACUGACCCCCCCACGAAACUUAAGCGGUUCUGGAUGUUUAAACAGUUUACAGAUUUGGCGAGCCAAGGGAGUUUGCCUUUAUGGGUGCCGCGCAAAUGUCGGCAUACUGUAGCAGCGUUCUACAGCAGGGGAAGGCGAUCAGUAAGCGUGUUUAUAGUGAAUCAGCGGGUAAAGGAUAGGAAGGUGAUUGUGGGACUAUCAAGGCUCAAGCUGAACGUGGGGGGGAACACGCAAGCUCUGAUUAGAAGGACAACUUAUGGAGAGGAUAAUGCGGAGAGAAGUGUAGAUAUUCAAGGCUUACCCGAGAUGGUCAUCUAAGAAAGUAGACUUCUGAGCUA